AUGAAAGGAGAACAAUUCACCAGGAAUAUCAUUGAAUAUAUAUUGUCAAUAACAUGUGAAAAUAUAAAUGAUAUGAAUAAAAAACUUCAGUGCAAACAUUCAAUGGUUAGUGAAACAAGAACACUCCUAAAAGAUUUCAUUGAAUUCGUCGAAUCCAAUCGUUUCAAAACAAUGGUGAAUUGGUGUCAGUCCACAUUGGAAACACCUCAACAUGGUAAUUCCAGCUUUUUGUGUUCAACAUGUGAAAUGGCUGUAUCAUAUUUGAAAACUUUCAGUAAAUCUGAAGAAGCAAAAUCAUUUGUACAUCAAGCUCUUGAUAAAAUUUGUUCACUAACUGGAUCUUUUCAAGUUCAGUGCUCAUUUCUAGGAAGAAUAUUCAUUGACAAAUACAUUGAUACAAUCUCUAGCACGGAUCCAGAUUCGGCUUGUAAGGUAAUUUAUUAUUUUAAAAAAAAUAAUAUGAAAACAUUGAACACUUUUUUACUUGAACACAAAUCUUAGUAAAGUCAUAUUUAAAAGGAAUAAAAAACUACUUUACACACUUUUACAGGAAUUUCAAUCGUUGUGAGUAAUUAGUGUUUUUUAUAUCUACAGAUGGAUAGUUUUUCUGAAUGAAAUAUAACUAACACUGAGACAAUGCACAUGUGUUUAUGAA